AGCCAAAUAUCUAGACCUUUGAUGAUGCAUGUGCUGGCUGUACCAUGGUUCAAGCUAGACGGACACAUCAAUCUACUCGUGCAAUUCGAUGUGUCGUCUGCAGCUAGCUACUCAAUUCGCUUGACAGACAUGCGGCAUGUCUGGGGCGAAGACCUCGCUGACCAAGACCUCAUAUCUCGCUCUGAAGAGUGCGAGUGUCCAUUCGACCAAGAUGAUACUGAACACUUGUUGCAGCAGCUUAAGGUGAGCUGCCUCAAUGACCACCAAAAAUCGACAUUCAAGCUCAAGCAGUCGUCAUCGAGCCUACGUCUGCAGCUGUCCUCCACGAUCGGCUCCUCUAAUAUUGACCUGGCGUGGUAUUUUGAGCUAGACAAACUGGCGCAUCCUCCCGUUGCAGCUGGUCUGAACCUGGCACUCUUCGGCAUGCUCGCCUUUUAUCAAAGCCAACUCAGCAGCCUACAUCAGGUCAUCAAGGGGAAGGAUGGUGUCAUUCGGUCCAUGACUGACUUUUGCGAGGAGAAUAAUCUGGAAUAUCGACCGCGCCGGCGACAAGCUGCAUUCGAAGCCUUUGAGCCAGAUGACUUCGCUAGAGAGGCACGGCAGGAUGUAGCAGCCAAGUGCUCCACCGCAGCGCAAAUCGUCAACAAUAUUCAUGAAUCUGGCCAAGACGCUACGUUCCGGGAAGAUUGGCGGACUGUCUUGUCGAAUGUUGAACGAUGGGAGUUACAGCUUCUGAAUGACGAGCAGAAGCCUACUUUAAAAAGACAAGCAACGAGUGUCGAUGAGUUCCUGGAAGAGCACAGUCUUGGUGCGGCGUCCCCUGUGGCAAGAGCUGACGCUGAUGCCACAACCGAUGACGAGCCCGAAUUGGAGAAGGCCGAGAGGUCUUCGCAACGUCGUUCGUCUUCUCCAGGAUCACCACAGGUCAUCAAUUCGCUAAUGACGCCGAAUUCAGGUGGAUCCGUCAAAUCGCGGAUCGGUGGCAAAAUAGCGGUCCAGUCUCCCAAGACACCGACAGUCAAGUCGCGCAUCGGUGGGCAGGCAGUCUCGCCGUCCCCUCACACGCCAGGUGUCAAGUCUCGCAUCGGUGGACAGAGUGUAGCGCCUUCACCCAGUGUCGAAACAAAGCUUGGCAAAGCAGCUACAUCACCGGCCCACGAUGCAAACAGAGAACUAGUCUCAGGUGUUGAUGAGCAAGAGGCAAGACGCAAACGGCUUGCUGCGUCAAUAGCACUUGCGCAAGCUGCGCCAUUGCCAAAGAAAAGGCGUCAAUUUUAGCAUUCUUACUACUAUAUAGUCGUGUAUCAUCU